AACACCAAGUACGUUCAACGCGGUUGUCCAAAACAAACGCCUCCACCGGUGAUCAGUAACCUGGUUUUGACCAAUCAGCGACGGUUACUGACGCAAGCGACACACUCCCGCCAAUUCCGACUGAGGAGCGCGAGGCAGGCAGCGGGUUAAACGCAGGGAGUAUGUGGGAGAUGCGGAAAGAGAAUGCGCUAUGAUUUAUGUGAAAUAAAUUAGAAGUACAUGUCGUCUAAAUAGCAGCAUACUAUUUGGUGCAUUUUCGGGUGUUUACGCAACUUGUACCGUUGUUUUGACGUUGUUUAUCUCUAACGAGAGGAGCCCCGGGUUAGUCGUUGGGAUGUUGGCGGCGGAAAACCCAUCCGUGGACGGACAUUUGGCAGCAUCGACUCCCCGCAGAAGAGGCAUGGAUUGUAAGUCAAGUAACAAUGCCAACAAGAAACUUAUCCAAGCUCGUCUCCCAUUCAAGCGCGUGAACCCUGAACCUAAAGAGAACCAGCCACCUAAACGCCCCUGUGCACAUGCCUGCCCUGAACCAGGAGUCUCAGACAGGGAGAAUGAGUCCUCUGUUCUCCCUGUGCACAGUGGACCACCCUUGGUUAAUGGUCGUGGGCCCCUUGAUGGCUUCCUGAGCCGUAGGCACCGUGCACCAUCAGAUGAGAACAUGGUUAUAGAUCUGACCGCGGAUAACACUUCGUCCCCCGUAAAGCACCUUGUUUCACCUGCUUCUGCCUCUCCCUGCCUCCCAACAAAAGACAAGCAUCAGGGCAAAGACAAAACUGCCUCUUCUGGGAAAUCUAGCAACAUUGCUUACACUCCUAAAACACACGUUUUAGACUGCACAGUAGACAGCGAAGAUGAAGUAGAAGAGGUGGAGGAAAAAGUUGGGAAUCAGACAGCAUCUAUCUCACAGCUUGACACAACACAGGAUUCUGAAAGUGAGCCAGAGGAGGAGAAUGAGUCAGGGAACAUUUCCAGUUUAGGAAACAGGUCCAUGCUGUCAGCUUCAUCAGUCAGCUCCUCAUCUGAAAGCUCACCAGAGAAGUCCAAGUCUGAUGACCCUACAUCCACUACUACUCCUACAGAGCCAAAGACCACCUCCAAGAUACCAGCAGAUCAGAAAAAGAUCAAAAGACGCUCAUUGAAGAGUUUACAAGAACAAGAGGAGAGGCUUCGGCUGCGACAGGAGAAAGAACGUCAGAAGGAAGAGGCUAAAGCUGCAAAGGAGAAAAAGAAAGAAGAGGCUCGCAAGCAAAAGGAGGAGCGAGAAAGGGAAAAACGCGAAAAAAAAGAAAAAGACGAGCGGGAGAAACGAGAGAAAAAAGAGAAGGAGGAGAAGGAAAAGGCAGAGAGGUUAAAAGAAAAAGAGAAGCAACGGAAAUCAAAGCUAGAGGCAAAGCUUGAAGAAAAAAGGAAGAAAGAAGAGGAGAAGCAAAUGAAGGAAAAAGAGAAACGUUUGAAAGAAGAGAAGGAUCGCCUCAAAGCUGAGAAAGCAGAAAUUACACGGUUUCUACAGAAACCCAAGAUCCAACAGGCUCCAAAGACACUUGCAGCUGCGUGUGGGAAGUUUGCUCCAUUUGAGAUAAAAGAAAAUGUGUUUCUGGCACCACUGUGCCGGGUUCAGUGUGAGGACUCUGUUCUGGAGGAACUGGACCGGUGUUUGUUGAACCCCGCUGAUAACCUGAAUGGACUAAAAGAUUGGAUUGGGCAAAAACCCCGCCGGUCAGGACCCACCAAACCCAGACAGACUGACUCACUCAGCGAGUGUAUAACAGUGGAAGGGCCUAAACCAGAUAGUGUGCCUGAUCGUAAACGUUAUGGACCCAUGAAGCUGCUACAAUUCCAUGCGAACUACCGUCCAGCGUACUGGGGCACCUGGAGUAAGAAGAGUUCACACAUCUCACCUCGCUGCCCCCUCAGACAAGACAAGGAUUUGUUAGACUAUGAGGUGGACAGUGAUGAAGAAUGGGAGGAAGAGGAACCAGGAGAGUCCCUGUCUCAUAGUGAAGGGGAAGAUGAGGAGGAAGGAGGUGAAGAUGAUGAUGAUGACGGCUUCUUUGUUCCUCAUGGCUACCUUUCAGAUGAUGAGGGCGCUCUAGAAGAAGAGGAGGGUGGCGACCUGGAGAAGCAGAAACUACGUCAAAAACUGAAAGCGAGGGAGUGGGAUGAGCUGAUGUCCACCAAGAAGAAGAUGAAGAUGCUGGAGCCAGUGGUAAAGGGCUGCGUCUGGGAGGGAGAAGGACCUGGUUUGCAGCUCUUCCAACCUUAUGCUGUGUGUCUGGUCGAGCCUUUACCCAAGGCAGACACCAGCCCCAGCCCAGAGGAGCUGUCACAGAGGUGUCAGAGAGAAGCACAAUUACUCGGCCAGCUGCUGGCUCUGCUGCACGGCAAUCUCAACAGCAGCAAAGUGAUCAUCACUGAGUUUCAGGAGUUUUGUCGUCAGCAGACCUCCUCCUCCUCCUCCUCACCUCCUGAACUGUCCAGCCCUCAGAGCCCAGCAGAAAACAUUCCCACCAGAAUACAGGUGAAGCGCCUCAUUAAGAACAACGCUGUUUAUGAGAAGCGCUCAACCUACAGACGCUGCUGCUGGUAUGUGCAUACAGAGGUCCUGUCCCGUUUUGGUCAGGAGGCUCUUCCCGUGCCCUGCCAGUGGACCUACCUCACCACAGGAGCUCGAGAAGAGUCCCGUGAAGAACCCCAGGCAGCCACAGGCUCUCAGGGAAAUUCUCCCACUACACCCCAGACCUCCUCCACCACGUCUUCAUCCUCCAACAAAAGGAAGAGCACAGGCAGCAUGUCAAUCACCAAGUUCAUGAAGAGAUGUACUGACCCCGAGCAGACGGAAGCAAUGGAGGCAGAUGGUUUUCAAGCUGACACUGAGGAUGACGAUGAGGAAGACUGUGUCAUCCUCUCCACACAGAGUGGUCCAACCAGAGGGAAAUCUCCCAGCGAGGGAGACUGUCUGAUGGAAGUCACCCCUUCUGACACCGCUGCUCUUCCCGUGGCCAGCGCUGCUCCUACACUCGCCACUGCCUGAGGACAGGAUAGGUUAUUUCCUCUAACCAAGCUAUCCCGUUUCCCUCAAUACUCCUUCCUGGUUCUGAACUCUACUGUGUCCAAGACAGAAUCAAGUCUUCAAGCAAGAUGAAGCACCUCACACUCUGGUACAAGCAACUCUCACAGCAGGUGGCGUCUACUCAGUAUUAUGAGUUUCCUCUCACCUAUUUUUAUUUUUUUUUUUAAAGGAGUCGGGAGUCAUCUUGCCUGUAAAAUGUAGUUGUGCAUAAAAGUGUAAAAUAGUGUCUGACUUGAUUAUUGAGGGCAGAAAUGUCCAAUGUUCAUUAACUAUGUCUCUGAUUUUUGCAUUGAAAUUUCAGUCAGGCAUGUUUGGCAUGGGCCUCUUUAAAGUGGAAGGUGAAAGUUUCUCUGGCACUGCUUUAACUACAUCAGAUUGAGUUAAACAGAUGGAGGAAGAGCAGAACAGAAAUGCCCAGUUUUCAUGAGGAAAAGCAUCCAAGACAUCAAGAACAGCAUUAUUUACGUUUUUUGAAAUGUUGAAUUCAUGACGUUAUUGGACUUCCUCUAGUCAAAAUGUAUAUAGUUUACCAGAAAUAAGAGUUGGGAAAUGAGGUUUAAAGACCAUCAUUUCCCUUUGAUUUCAAUGGAUGCAUUUAUUCUGCUAUUUCUAAGUCUGACAACUCACUGGAGUAGUUGCUAGAUCUGUACCUGUACAGUUAGGUUCAGUGUCACAAUGUUUUAUAAAUAUGUAUUUUCUGUAUUUUUUUCAAGAAUACUUGAACAGGAUAAAUUCAUUAAACAUGAAUAAAAGUGAUGCACUUUUAUAUUCCA